UGGCACUGUGACGUAAGGGGACCCCUACUGCCCCAAGCUUCGAGAGCCGCAAACGCACGGCUGAACCUCGAUCCCACGCUCUCAGCUCGAGCUGCGCGCCGCGAGCUUCCUCGCCGCAGUAAGAGGCACGGUGCAGCGUGCAGAGGGCGUGCUCAAUUCACCGGCGUAGGCCGCUCAGCACUGUCUGCCGCGGCCUGCGCGCGUUCCUUUCCCGCGGGGUGGAGCAUCGUUCGAUGGAGACUCAGUCGGGACCGCCGGCCCGAAGCGGCAUAGCCUCUUGGCGGCAUUCGCACCUCGCCCGGGCGUGAAGAAACUGGGUGCACGCUCUCGCGACAGCUGCAAUCGCAUCGGUCCAAGUCCCCAGCCUACCGCUGCCCGCCGUUGCCGUUGACCCAGGCCUCCCAUGAAGCCGCAUCGCGUCCGACAAGUAUGUCGCUCGCAUAACCCCUUUUCGCCCUCAAUUGCGCUGUGGCAGCAUUUCGUCCUCCCGUAUCAACCCCGUCGACAGCGCCUGUCGUCUGCCGCGGCUGGGGCUGCGGAGUCUAGCCCUCUCGAAAAUGCCAGAGAUGGUUUGCCUACGUCGUCGGCGGCGCCGACGCCCCUCGAACAGCCCGAGUCGGAAAGAACAGAGCAGGUCGCACCCCGGAGGUUCGCAAUCCACAAGGUGCUAGAUAGGAAACCACAGACCGUAUAUGCCACUGCGCAAAGUAUCAAAGACGUCGACCAGUCCUUGCUUCAGGCGAAGGCGGCCUUUGAUGGAGUGGAGGACUACACGGGCGUCGUCGUAGAGGCGCUGAAAAGCAACAGUCCUACACGGGAGAAGGAUUUACCCUGGUGUGUCGAGAAGGGAGACAAGCCUAAGGUACGCGCGUCUGAAAGAUUGAACCUCGAAAUUCGAAAGUUCUACGAGUACGCGAGACCCAGCAGAAGCGAAAACCUUGCUCGCAGACAUGUCGUCGAGCAAGUGAGGGGCCACGUCCGCCAGGUGUUGCCGGACAAUAUACUUGAAGUUUUUGGAUCAGAGCGGACCGGCAUAGCCCUGGCGACCUCAGAUAUCGAUCUCCGCCUCAUGCGACAUAAGGACCUUGAAGGCAACCAAGCAAAGCUACCGCCUUCGCGGGAAGAACGGAUAGUCUUGCUGGAGGACCUACGCCAGCUUCUCGUUCAGCAAUUUUCCCAAAACAAUGCUUACCUACUGCCUAUGUUGCGGCAUGCGCGGUAUCCCCUCAUCACCGUCCAAGACCGCGCGUCAGGUCUGGAUGUCCAGAUUGUGCUAGCCAAUGAUACCUCGGUGUCCAGAAACCUCAUGCAGCAAUAUAUGGGAGAGUACCCUUACCUCCGCGAGUUAUAUUCUGUGGUCAAGACCACCUUCGACGUCAGAGGGCUUUCGGACGUGUUCCGGGGUGGUUUUGGGUCAUAUUCCAUCUUCAUGAUGAUCGUGGCCAGCCUGCGGCACAUGCCUAACAAACGGCGGGACGGCGCAGGAGGACUCUUGCACUUCUUACGCUUCUGGAGCGAAUUCGAUACGGAGAGUAAGGGUAUCUCAAUAGAGCCGGCGUUGCUAUUCGAUAAAUCUGAAGAGCUCGUCAUGACGCCGAGGGCCAGGCAAAAGAUUCUGGACGGAAGACAACAGCCACUUCCCAAGUACAUGCUCUGCUUGCGCGACCCUGCAGACGAGACCAACGACCUAGGCCGCAAAGGCGUCUGCAUCAAACACGUAAAAGAGACGUUGCGCCACCUAUGCCAUCAACUCGAGAAGGACAUGUCCGUGAAUACAAGAUAUAGCCUGCUGGCCCCCCUCGUCGGCGACACCUACUCCCUGAAUAGGUGGCGCAGAGAGAAGCUCGAACAGCAAGGCCGCAGAGUGCUUGACCAGAUGCAAGGAUCGUUCGCAGCCACCGCGAAGGCAAUCCGCGAAGCGGAGGCCGAGGAGGCCCAGAAGAGCAAACAGGAGGAGAAAGUGCUGCAGUCUAAGCCCGGGGCGUCGGCAUCGGAUGAGUUCGGCCAAGCGAUUACUUCGUCCUUGGGUAUGCCGGCGAUUGAUGAGUGGGUGGAUGGAGGAGACGAGCAGAAGGGCGAAGCGAAGAUUGUAUAUGGGGGGCAAGACACCACCGUCGCGAGAUAAGUGUUCUUGCCGUCUUCACAUGGCGCAUGGGAGGGCCAUCAUCUUUGAGCUGACCAUGGGGGCAGCAUGGUAUAGCACGGUAUGGAGCAUAGUAUUGGCUUAGAGACGGAAAUGUACCUGGACAUAUUGUAGGAAUAGGUACUCGCGAGGCGGGUGACAUAAUGUACAAGUAUUUUGAAUUUUGCCUGCAGCCUCUAGUUUCUCUCGGCUGCGUCCCUCCAAGCGACUCAAGGGGAGUCAGAUAGCACUAUUAGACACAUCCUUUUGACCCAGG